AUGCUUUAUACAGACUUAUUGCACUUGUGGAAUGAAUCCGUGAACGCAAUGGAUAAAAAAGAUUGGCAAGGAGCUCUGGAAAAACUGGAACAAAUCACGGAACCGACAUCUCGUACUCUCUUCAAUGCUGCAUCAGCACACCUGUGUCUGGGACAGUUGGAUUACGCCCUUCAGGCUUUGGAUCUCACAAUUGUCAAGGAUCAACGUCUCUCAGUCGCGUUCUUCCAGAGAGCAGCAGUAAUGAUGCAGCUUGACAGGUUGGAGGAGGCUUUGUCUGACUGUGUCUGGGCCCAGAAACACAUGAGAGGGAAUACAGUUAUUGACUAUCGACAACUUGGGCUGCGUUAUAAACUCUACAGCUGGCAGGUGAUACACAAUGCUGCAGCUGUGUACUGCCGAAUGAACCAGUGGGAGCAAGCCAGAGAUGUUCUCAUGUCAGAAAGUCACGGGGGGAAUUUAGAGAUGGCUUUGGACAGUGUCCUGAGAAAAGAAAUCAUUCAACCUUUACUGGUACCUGAGGGUGUGGUGUUUCGUCCCAGGAAAAAGGAUGUGGAACAGCUCAAGCAGAGAGAUUUCUUAGGAAAACCAAAGGUGAUUUCCUCCAUUAUUCCCAAUGAUGAUUAUGGGGGGUUUGAACCACUCAGGCUACAGAAACCUGGUUAUUAUCAGCCCAAAGUGGAAGGUGCUGAGGGUUCUCGCUACAUGUGUAUGACGGUUCCUUACAUGGCUCGAGGCCCAGGCCAGCUGACAGUGCCGGGAGGUUCAAAGGUGUUUUUGUUUGAAGAUCAGGACAAGGAUGGGAUGGCAACAGUCAUAUAUGAUGGACAGAGAGGACGUGUGCCAAUGUCUCUCUUAAAGCCGGUAGAUCUCAAGACUAUGAAAGGCAAAAGUGAGAACCCACUUCCUUCUGGGAUCCCUCUCCCUCCAGGACUAAAACCACCCACUCGUCCACAUAAGCCUAGUGCAUCCCACUCUCCCUCCUGGGGGAGAAAAAUGUCUUCCGAGACACCACCCCCAUCCUACUCCAGCGCUACCCACCCUCUACUGCCACCCCCAGUGCACCAAACGUAUGCAGCUCAUUCAGCCAGCAAUGAGCAUGUCAACACAGUCGAAGAAGAAAUAGACUAUGUGGAAGUAAAAGUUCACUACACAUACACUAUGGCACUGUCAGUACCUUCAAAUACAUCCUACCAUGAACUUAAAGAAGAAAUUGCUCAACAAUUGGACCAGCCAGCAUCUUCUUUACGCCUCAGACAAAGGAAGAAUGGCUCUCGGGCCCUGGUGCCACUUGAAUGGGAAUUAGACGUCGGAAGGACCCUACAAGAGGUCUCAGAUGAUGGCAGAACCACUCUGUGGUGCAGGGCAGAAGAUUCCCUUAGCAACCACACCAUCCUCUACCAAAUGGUGGCGCUAUAUGACUAUUCUGCUCAGGGUCCAGAGGAUUUGGAGUUCAAUGAAGGGGACACCAUUGACAUCCUUGGUGAAGUGAACGAGGAAUGGCUGGAGGGACACUGUGCAGGGAAUAUAGGGAUCUUUCCCAGUUGCUUUGCCAUGAGGGAACCUGAAAACUUUUUGCAGACAUCCCAGUUUUGA